CCCUUGCGCCCGCCCGCCCGCCCGCCUCUCCCGCCUGCGCGCCCGCCCUGCGUCACCCGGCCAAGAUGGAGACCGCCGAGGAAGAUAUAUGCAGGGUAUGUCGGUCUGAAGGAACUCCCGAGAAGCCCCUCUAUCAUCCAUGUGUAUGCACUGGCAGUAUUAAAUUCAUUCAUCAAGAAUGCUUAGUUCAGUGGCUCAAGCACAGCAGAAAAGAAUAUUGUGAAUUAUGUAAACACAGAUUCGCUUUCACACCAAUUUAUUCCCCAGAUAUGCCUUCCCGGCUUCCAAUCCAAGACAUCUUUGCUGGACUGGUUACAAGUAUUGGCACAGCAAUACGAUACUGGUUUCACUAUACACUUGUGGCCUUCGCGUGGCUGGGAGUUGUACCUCUUACAGCAUGCCGUAUCUACAAGUGCUUGUUUACUGGCUCUGUGAGCUCAUUACUGACUCUGCCAUUAGAUAUGCUGUCAACAGAGAAUUUACUGGCAGACUGUUUGCAAGGUUGUUUUGUGGUGACAUGCACACUGUGUGCAUUCAUCAGCCUUGUAUGGUUACGUGAACAAAUUGUCCAUGGAGGAGCACCACAGUGGCUGGAACAAAAUCAGCAGCAAGCUAUUAAUGGCAUUGGGCAACAGAAUGAGGUUCAAGGUGCAGGAAAUGGUGGAGCUGAAAAUGCUGCACUUGACCAGCCUGUGGACCAGCCUGCUGAGAAUGCAGUUGUAGGUGAAAAUCCAGAAAUCCAGGAAGAACAGGCAGAUGAGGAAGAGGAAGACAAUGAAGAUGAAGAAGAUGUCGUGGUAGAAGAUGCAGCAGAUGCAAACAAUGGCGCACAGGAUGACAUGAACUGGAAUGCUUUGGAAUGGGAUCGAGCAGCAGAAGAGCUUACCUGGGAGAGGAUGCUCGGAUUGGAUGGAUCUCUAGUUUUUUUAGAACAUGUAUUCUGGGUAGUGUCAUUAAACACACUAUUCAUACUUGUAUUUGCAUUUUGUCCCUACCACAUCGGUCACUUCUCUAUUGUUGGACUGGGUUUUGAAGAAUUUGUUCAAGCUUCCCACUUUGAAGGCCUGAUUACAACGAUAGUUGGCUACAUGCUGCUGGCAGUCUCAUUAAUUGUUUGUCAUGGCUUGGCUGCACUUGUAAAAUUUCAGAGAUCACGUCGCUUGCUUGGAGUGUGCUAUAUAGUUGUCAAGGUAUCGUUGUUAGUAGUGGUAGAAAUCGGUGUUUUCCCUCUCAUCUGUGGCUGGUGGCUGGACAUAUGCUCUCUGGAAAUGUUUGAUGCUACUUUGAAGGACAGAGAGCUGAGCUUUCAGUCUGCCCCUGGCACUACAAUGUUCCUACACUGGCUUGUAGGAAUGGUGUAUGUCUUCUACUUUGCAUCCUUCAUACUCCUGCUGAGGGAGGUCCUAAGGCCUGGAGUCCUUUGGUUUCUGAGGAAUCUAAAUGAUCCAGACUUUAAUCCAGUUCAAGAAAUGAUUCACUUGCCUAUUUAUAGACAUCUCAGGAGAUUUAUUUUAUCAGUGAUUGUCUUUGGGUCAAUUGUCUUGCUCAUGCUUUGGCUUCCUAUACGAAUUAUUAAAUACCUGCUGCCAUAUUUUCUUCCAUAUAAUGUAAUGCUUUAUAGUGAUGCACCUGUGAGUGAACUUUCCCUGGAGCUACUUUUGCUUCAGGUAGUCUUGCCAGCUUUGCUUGAACAAGGGCACACGAGACAGUGGCUGAAAGGUCUCGUACGAGCCUGGACUGUUACUGCUGGGUACUUGCUCGACCUGCAUUCGUACUUGCUGGGAGACCAGGAGGAGAAUGAAAACAAUGCAAACCAACACGUCAACCCUAAUAACCAGCCUGCGCGCAAUAAUAAUGCCAUUCCAGUUGUAGGAGAAGGUCUUCACGCAGCUCACCAAGCCAUACUGCAGCAAGGGGGACCUGUCGGUUUUCAGCCUUAUCGUAGACCUUUAAAAUUUCCACUCAGGAUAUUUCUGUUGAUCAUUUUCAUGUGUAUAACACUGCUGAUUGCAAGUCUCAUCUGCCUUACAUUACCAGUAUUUGCUGGCCGUUGGCUGAUGUCCUUCUGGACAGGGAGCGCCAAAAUCCACGAACUCUACACCGCUGCUUGUGGGCUCUACGUUUGCUGGCUUACAAUCCGGGCCGUGACAGUGCUGGUCGCUUGGAUGCCGCAGGGCCGCCAAGUGAUCUUUCAGAAAGUUAAGGAAUGGUCCCUAAUGAUAAUGAAGACAUUAAUAGUCGCCAUCCUCCUGGCUGGUGUAGUUCCACUUUUGCUUGGGCUCCUGUUUGAGCUGGUUAUCGUUGCUCCUUUGAGAGUUCCCUUGGAUCAGACGCCACUUUUCUACCCAUGGCAGGACUGGGCUCUUGGUGUUCUGCAUGCCAAAAUCAUUGCUGCCAUAACUUUGAUGGGUCCUCAGUGGUGGCUGAAAACAGUUAUUGAACAGGUUUAUGCAAAUGGCAUUCGAAAUAUUGACUUACACUUUAUAAUACGGAAACUCGCUGCACCGGUUAUCUCAGUUUUGUUGCUUUCUCUUUGUGUACCUUACAUCAUCGCUUCUGGUGUUGUACCUUUACUAGGUGUCACUCCUGAAAUGCAAAACCUAGUACAGCGUCGUAUUUAUCCUUUUCUACUCAUGGUGGUGGUUUUGAUGGGCAUCCUCUCCUUUCAAGUCCGUCAGUUCAAGCGCCUUUAUGAACACAUAAAAAAUGACAAGUACCUUGUUGGACAACGACUUGUGAAUUACGAACGAAAAGCUGGGAAACACGGGACAUCACCGCCGCCGCCUCAGUCAUCACAAGAAUAGAAAUGGUCACAUGGAAUCAUUUGAUUUUUCCCUUGCCUUUGUGUCCUUUUUCAUAGACUGGUCUUCAUUCUUUGGGUUCUUUCCCAACAAUCCUCUCAGCUGGGUUUUUAUCUUUUAAUUUUGGCUUCUUUUCUCAUGGCAUUCAGAUAGUCAAGGUCCUGCACCUUUUUAUCUGCGUUUUCUGAAGUUAUCAGUGCUGAGAUCUGUAAAUGUGUAAAUAGCAAUACCCAUACCCUAAAACCUUGGAUUAAAAAUGAAUGUUCAUUGUACAUCUUAAAGAAUAUUAAUUUAUUAAAUCUAGUUGUCACUUUAUUUUGGACUGCUGUUCUGUUGACAUAUGUGCCACAAAGCAAUACUUCAAGAAUCAAGACACAUUUUUUUUAAAAAAAAAAAUCAGUGGCUUUUUCCAAAACAUAAUUUUUGCAAAACCUGGGGGCUCAUCAAAGAUGAUACAGUCAGUAGUGAAGUGGCUGUGGUGAGAUCACAUGAAUUUUAUUAGAUUUUUUAAUCAUUUUGUAUAACAUCAAAGCUGUACAUUUUCUGUUGCCUGAUUAUUUUCCAUGUGUCUAAGUCUGUAAUAUUGUACAGUAACUAGUAGAUCAAGACCAUUUUUUCUCCUUCAGACAACUUUGGCAUUUGCUUGUUUGGCUGUGAGGCAUUAAUUCUUUGGCCCUGGAAGACAGAAUUUUAAUGAAUUUCUAAGCACUUAAAUCAAAGUUCAUUAGAGCUAAGUGGCAGGAAUACUUAAAUGAGCUAAUUGAGAGGUUUGUGGAAGAAUGUGUUUCCAAUGCAUAAGCCAAUAUUUCCUCCUUUCUAUUUUUGAAACUAUACAGUUGAAAUGCUUACAGGGAUUUAUUUUGAGUACAGUAAAGAAGGGUUUGGUUUGUUUGUUUGUUUGUUUGUUUUUUGGAUGUUCGUUCAAGAGUACAGAGAACAUUAGAAAUGGAAGAACCCUUUUUUCUGAUGGUCUGAAACUUUCAUACAACCAAAGUUGCAAAUGAUACUAUGGACAUCUUAUCAUGUCACAAUAAGAUGAACACCUGUAAUUCUAUAAAUGAUCAGCAUUAGUUCUGCAUGGCAGUAAUGCUAGCAGGGUUUUUUUUAGCAAGUUAACUGUGGGGAAGGAACCUACAUAGUAUUAUUUAGCAGGAAGAAAAAAACCAAAAAAUAUAUAAUUUUAAAAAUUGGUUAAUCUUUACAAUGGUGACACCAAACAGGAAUCAUGAAUCACGUUUACCAAUUUCUGAUAUUUUUAUAUGCCUAAUUAUUUCCUGUAGGUUAAAUGCAUUUUAAUGUCAAUAAUUCUGAGAUACACAAAUGGAAGAAAUGCUAAAGCUUUAAAAAUAGUCCAUUUGUGUGCUUGAGACUUGCAAUAUUCUAUUCAAAACCAGUAAGAAAUUGUUUUAAGUUUAUUAAUGCUAUGCAGUUGUCUGGCCACUCAGGACUGUUUCCUUGAAUAUCAUGUGUAGCUAAUUAUGUGUAUCGAAUAGAAUACUAAGGAGUUGUCUGUUGAAUUCAGGAUAUGUUCUUGUGCUUGAAAGAAAAAGCAAAAACGUUGCGAGCUGUUUUGGUUCCAUAUUUUGGGGAGGGUGGAGUUGGGAUGGAUGUGGAGUCUAGCCUAGAUUUCUGACAAUCUACACUCAUGCCCAGUGCUAGCAGAAUGUGACUGGGUUGUCUAACUUGAGGGCCACCAUUGGUAUUUCACAGCAUUACCUCAUUUUUGGCACUGGGGCUAUAGAUGUGUCAAUUUUUUGAGAUUUCCCUUUGAAGCAGUUCCCAAUUAAAAAGCAUAGAAAACAGAAGAUGGCAAAUCAAAACAAAACCAAAAACCCCAAACCCAACCAGACUUGCUUCUAAUUCACUGUUUGCAAAUCUUAUUUAUGAGUCUGUCAUGCCCGGUUCUUUUGGACAUAUCAAUAUUACACUUUUCAGUUUCUAAUGGUGUACUUUUACGUACGAGUGCGUAUUUUCCCGCAAAUAUUGCAAAUGUCUUUAGUUGCACAAAAAUCUGUUAUCGACAGUCUUUGUUUAACAAGAAAAAAUUCAAGCAGUCUUACCACUGGGAUAUUGCUAGCAAUGCUGUGCUGCUUUCUGUAGCAUUUUGCAGUAAUGCAGUAUCUUGUAACUUUGUGUUUUUAUUCCAGACAAGCUGGUCCUCAAAGAUUAUUAAAGUUUGUUAAGAAAAAGGCCUGGCACUUGCUUUCUUCUUACUGUUGUUUUAAAAUGAUUGUAGUUGGGAAUGUUUAAUGAAGCACAGUUCCCUUUAGAACAAAAUGACUGUUGUAGCCAUUAACUUAUUAUUAGUAUGGUAACCUUUGAGCAGAUGUGUAUGUAUUCUGUGUUCAAGGGAAAAAUCAAAUUUAGCAAAGAAAAGUUGAAUUGUGUACCAAUUAUGCCAACUAAACACAUUCUUAAUUAAUCACCAUGUGUUUUCAUACCUUCCUCACUGCCCUAAGGAUUAGAAACUUAAGAGUUGGGGGCGGAAAGCUGCUGAGAUUUAAAAGUUUCUUUAGUGGGCGCUGACAUCUGUUUUCUGAUGAAAUCUCCAAAUACGUAUUGUUUUGCUAAAGAAAUGUGAUAGGUAUUUGUAUUUUUUAUGUAGCAAAUGUUGGCAUAGGAUUGACAGUUUACCAGUAAAUCAGAAUACAACAAAAUAUUACAGGAACCAUUACGAACAAUUUAAUUUCUUAAAAUAUGUAGGUGUACCACUAUAAUAUUUUUCUGUAACUCUGCAUGUGCAUAGUUCAGUAUUUGGUGCACAGUCUGGAAACAGAGUCCUAUAAGCAAGUAUCUGGUCCUCAUGGUGGUAGAGAUUAGUUUGAAAACAAGUUGUUGGUAUAUUUUUCAGCAUAUAUAUUGCUCCUGUGCAAGCAAGAUUGCAUAUUUGUUCAGUGGAAGAAACGUGUGUGUACAAGUUACCGUUUUAUGUGCAUGGAGUUUCCCCCUUCAUUGAUGCAAAUUUCUUUGUGUACAGGUGAGUUCUGUGAGCAUUUCAGAAAAUGUUAUACCUGAAAAUGAUAGCAGAAAUUAUGUCACCUCAGUAUUUUUUUUUUUUUUUUGGUGGGGUGGGCAACAAUGACCUGUGUCAGGGCUACUGACUAUCCCUUCCUGGCCAUGAAGUUCUCUGGUCCACCAUUUACCCAUAUUACAAAACCUGAAUAUCAAGUUUCCAUAUACUGAUGUGCAAUUGUGGGGGGUGCGUUCUUUAGCACAGAAUCUUUUCUGUUUCCUUUUAAGAGAUUAAAAGUAUUUGUACAAAUCGCUCCUCUUGUAAAAUCUGCGCUGUAUAUAGUUCUCACUUUAAUUGGCUUCAGAUCACAGUACAAUGUUCAAUACCAAUAAAACUUAAUUUACAAAUUCUUAA